AUGCCAGACCAGACCAAACCACACCGCCCGGCGGCGUCCGACGUUCUCGGCCUGCAUCAAAUUCUCCUGGUACUUAUGCUCUUCGACCCCGUUAAUACGGGUCUCGAGUACGGCCAGUUGGUUCUCGUCUUCGACAAGACACCGGGCCAAUUCUUCUACGCAUCCCCGAGCUUCCUGGAUGCAGCUCUUAUUGAGCUGGGCGAUAUUGCGGUUGUAGUUAACCGCGGAAGUGCGGGGAGCGGUCUCCCCAGAGCUCUGAAUGGCAGAAGGGGUGCUCUCCAGGCUGGAGGAGGGCGACGGGAUCAGGUCGGCGGCGGCAGAGAUAUCAGAGAAGCGCCCCUUGAGUCCAGCAAUCUUUUUCUGCAGCUUCUCCCUCUUCUCUGCAUGCCGCUUUUCCUUCAGUUGCUCCUCCGCGGGCCACCUCUCCUUCUCCAUCUCGCUCUCGAGUUUGGGGCCCCGUCGCUGGGCCAGGCCAGACAAAACACGGCGCAGUUCCCCCAGGAUCCCGGUCUGCUUGCCCCCCGAGAUAACAAACCCACCUCCGCUGGUCUUCGUGAUACCAGUCUGGAUGAUGUUCCCAUCUGCUGA